AGUUGCAUAAACUCUCCUUCAAAAUGAAAAGGCAAUAGACAGGGAAACACCUGAUUAUUAAAGCCUUAAAGCAGGGAAGAAACGACACGAUAACAUGUUUUCAGCAAAUAUCGCUAGAAAGGUUGUUUGUUCUGUGUGUCGGGCAUCUCUGCGUCCCACUGUGUGUCCAGUGGUUUAUCGAGGUUACCGUGGCGAUGCUCCAGAACCGACCAUCCUUGAGAUCCCGUUGCCGCCUUGGCAGGAGAGAGCAGGAGAAGCUCUGGACAUCAAGAGGAAGAGACUGCUGUACGAGAGCCGCAAGAGAGGCAUGCUGGAGAACUGCAUCCUGCUCAGCCUUUUUGCAAAGCAGUACCUGAACACAAUGAGUGAAUCUCAGCUGAAGCAGUACGACAGACUCAUCAAUGAACCCAGCAAUGACUGGGACAUCUAUUACUGGGCAACUGACACUCAGCCGACCCCCGAGGUUUACCAGGGCGAGGUGAUGGACAUGCUGAAAGAGUUCACCAAAAACAGAGACAUGGAGCAGCGUCUGGACGCCCCGAACCUGGAGUAUCUGGACAAGAGCAGUUAAAACUCACACCAAUGCAAGAGACUAUAUAAUAAACACAACUAAGCAGCAGCACACACUCAGAAGAUUUAAAGAGAACAGACACGAGUCCUAUUUUAUAGUCAAUUUAAGUUUCAAUUCAAAUUUGGCAGUGACUAUUAUACUGGAUGCUUGCAGGUACAUCUUAAUUAAAUAUGAUACACUCAUAUACUGUACAGCUGAUACUUUAAUUGAUGAUAAUAAAAUUAUAUUUGAAGGGA